AUGGUUAACUUAAUGGUUCAGUUGAUAACAAUGAUUAUGCUAGGGGAUCAUUUGGGCGAAAUGAAUGCGAAGCGAUCAUUGGAGAAUAUUUUACGCUCGAUGGAUCAUUGGCCACAACGUCGCGUUAGUGAAAUUAUUAUUGACGUCUCGGGUGAUCCACAGCCACGUAGAGCGAGUCAUUUAUAUUCGUCGUUACAAUCAUUACUUUUUGGUGAAAGAAACGUGCGAAAUACAAAUAUUACGACUACAUCGAGUGCUUCUCCUCAUACUAUUAAUAAUAUCAGUGAUGAAAGAGUGGAUAUGGUGGAUGAAGUAGAGUUUUUUGGCCAAUUCAUUCAAUUUGAAGCUUGGUUGUGCACGUAUGGUCAAAGUGCAAUCAAAAGUAGGUUAAGGCUUAAAGUUAAAAUUAUAUUUGCAAAUUUACAGCAAAAAAACAUGGGUAGUGCAGAUGAUGAUUUUUUUGAAAUGUUAUCAAGAGCGCAAUCAAAACGAAUCAAUGAUCAGCGAUGUGAUCCAAUCAUACUUAGUGACUUAACUAAUCGUUCAAAAAAUAUUGCAAGGCAAUCAGAUUCAAUUGAUACUGUUGUUAAACGUUCAUCUAAGACGCGACGGCUUUCGUUAAUUUUUGAUCGUGUUUGUCAAGCGGCUACUCGUCGACAAGGACAAACUUUUUUUGCACCAAGAACUACGUCAACUCCACGUCCAUCAAUGACACCUCAUAAACUUCUAUCACCUAUAUCGAAUAUUGUAAAAGAAGGAAAUAUCGCACCAAUUAAUGCAACGUUUUAUUCUGUUCCUGACGACGUUGAUUCGUUAGAUUCAAAAGCUCAAUUAUGUACAGCUCAGGGAUCAUUUGUUGCACUCUCAUCUGAAUUUCGAAUUCCAGUUGCACCUCCGCGACGAAGGAAUCGUCAUUUAGAUCCGAAACGUCUUCAGUCAGCCCAAAUGUUAACGCAGCCAGUCCAGUCUAAUAUAUCUCAAAACCGAAUUUUGAUUUUAGAUGGUGCUGAAGGUAUGCUGAAUUUAAUAGCAAGUCUGCAAGGACGUCGUAUGGAAGAACAGCGUGCUCAUUUGAAUGUGGCAUCAGAUACAGAAUCAUUAAUUUCAUCAGUUGCUACUACUGAAGGCAAGGAUGAUCAAAUUAGCAAUCGACUAGAACGAUCACGUUCUGAAGAUGCUGGCGUUUUAUAUGACAUGUUAAUUCGUUCACAAGGUGAUCGGCUGGAAGAGCAACGAAGCGAAUUACCAACACACGUACCAGAAGAUAUAUCGCAUAUUGUAAUGACUAUGCAAAAAGGCCGAAUCGAAACUCAACGGGCUCAUCUUAACCGAGAUCAUAAUGAUAAUAAUGAAUAA